UUGGAUCCUGGGGAGGUCUGCUGGGAACAGGACUUCUAAAAGGCAAUAUGUCUGGAAGGCUGUGGUCCAAGGCCAUUUUUGCUGGCUAUAAGCAGGGUCUCCGGAACCAAAGGGAGCACACAGCUCUUCUUAAAAUUGAAGGUGUUUAUGCUCGAGAUGAAACUGAAUUUUACUUGGGCAAGAGAUGUGCUUAUGUGUACAAAGCAAAGUACAACACAGUGACUCCUGGUGGCAAACCAAACAAAACCAGAGUAAUCUGGGGGAAGGUAACUCGUGCCCAUGGAAAUAGUGGCAUGGUUCGUGCCAAAUUCCGAAACAACCUUCCUGCUAAGGCAAUUGGACACAGAAUCCGUGUGAUGCUGUACCCCUCAAGGAUUUAAACUAAAGGAUUUAAAUGAAAAGUAUAUAAUAAAUAAAAGUGGAUUUGUG